UUUAUUUUGAUUUAUCCCAUUCUAAUUAAGAGUUGGUCAUUCCAACCACAACCAAUCAAACCCACAAAAACCAGAAGAAAAUGUAUAGCAAUUUCAAGGAGCAAGCAAUAGAAUACGUGAAACAAGCUGUGCAAGAAGAUAAUGCUGGAAACUACGCAAGAGCGUUUCCGUUAUACAUGAACGCUUUAGAGUAUUUCAAAACACAUCUCAAAUACGAGAAAAACCCUGAAAUCAAAGAAGCUAUUACUCAGAAAUUUUCAGAGUAUCUUCGUCGUGCUGAGGAGAUCCGUUUUGUGCUUGAUGAUGGUAUGCCGGGACCAGCUUCUAAUGGGGAUGCUGCUGUUACUUUGAGGCCAGAAACGAAGCCGAAGAAUGAUGGGGAGAGAGAUGGAGAGGGAGAUGGAGAGGAUCCUGAGAAGAGUAAGGUAAGAGCCGGGUUUAAUUCCGCUUUUUUCAAGGAACAAGCAAUAGAAUACGUGAAACAAGCUGUGCAAGAAGAUAAUGCUGGAAACUAUGCAAAAGCGUUUCCUUUAUACAUGAACACUUUAGAGUAUUUCAAAACACACCUCAAAUACGAGAAAAACCCUAAAAUCAGAGAAGCUAUUACUCAGAAAUGCACAGGGUAUCUUCGUCGUGCUGAGGAGAUCCGUUUUGUGCUUGGUGAUGGGUUGCCGAGACCCGCAUCUGAUGGGGAUGUUGCUGUUGCUUUGAGGCAGGAAAUGAAGCAGGAGAAUGGUGGUGAGAGAAGUGGAGAGGAUCCUGAGCAGGAUAAGCUAAGAGCGGGGUUGAAUUCCACAAUUGUCAUGGAGAAACCGAAUAAUGUGGCUGAGAAGCCAAGAACGGCCAUGGGACGAUGUUGGCCAUGCAAAUUCAAGCAGAGAACUAGAAGCCGUUCCUAAAUCAAAGCACAUUUUUACUAAUUGAAAAAAGUGUGUUUAGGAGCAUGAGUAAUGGUUUCUUUAUUCUUUUGAAUGCCAAAUUAAUAUUAGCAACACAAGCUAAAGAUAGCAAGAGAUACACGGAGCACAAGGUAAACAGGAAGAGACGAUAAACAAACCAAAUCAAGGCAAAAGCAAAAACAACGAAAACGUGUAUCCGGAGCUAAGCAUCUUAAGCACCAGAGCAACAAAGAAUGGACUGAACAAAGGAACCUAAGCAAAAGAACGGAGGAAAACCUCCCUGCCAAGAAAAGCCACCUUCGAGCAUAGACCACCAUACUGAACCCCCUACACAAAUCUCGAUCGGCCCAAACGUAGAAUAGGUUCCACCUUCCUACUCAUAAUUAAAACAAGAAUUCCCGAAGUUCUUGCCAAGAAACCAUUUUCACGAGGACUUAAUCCUAUCUACGAGUUGCUCCACAUUUAGAAGCUUGUCUGAGAAAAUAGAAUCAUUAAUCUGAGGCCAGCAAAUAAGCCACAUCAUUUCAUCUCUGAAUCUUUUGGUUUGUAGUAGCUUUGGGCUGUUUCGAUUUUUAAUUUUGUGAAUUCUAUUGCACUUUUCCUAUUCUUGACACACCUUAUGCUUUAAACAAAUUUAAGCUUAAUUAAAGUUUGUCUCCCCCAUUUGUUCAAUUUCUGGAUGUUAAAAAGUUUAAGUUUAUCCCUCAAAAAAAAAAAAGUUUAAGUUUAAUAUGACAUGACAUGACUUUCAUGUGUGUACUGAGUUCAUGCCAUGUCAUUUAAAAUUGUGCCAUAUCAGAGUCAGUUGAAAGGUUGGCCUCAAUUCCUAAAAUUGAAAAAACUAUGGGAUUAAAAUUACGGGGUUUAAAAAUUAGGGGACCAAAAUCCAUAAAUUGAACAAAUAGGAGGACUAAAAUUGCAAUUAAAUUCCUACAAAACCAUAGGUUUUUUUAGUAACCCCCUGUUUCUUAUAGAAAAGGUUUCUAGUAAUUUGGAGUUCUGUCUAAAUAUAAGUAAAUCUUAACAACUA